AUGUUGUACACAUCAAUUGCAGUACAACUUCAAGAAAUGCAUACUAGAGGGUUCUCUGCAGAUGAAUCUACACUGGAGAUGUUCGAUCAGGCAUCUGAUGAUGAAAUUAUAUGUAGAUUUCUAUGUGGAGAUCGUCAAGAUGGAAAUGCCAAGGGUAUGGAAGGGUCUAAAAAUCCUCCCAAACUCCGCAGGAACUCCUCCACUGCAUCUGAUAUAAGUAGCAUUGCUUUGCAAUCUGCUUCUACAAAUCCAGUUGUUGAUUUUGCUGAAGAUCGAUCAUUGGAAAGUUCAUUACUUGUUGACCAAAAUGAACUUCCUCAAAGAGAGUGGAGUGUGUUGGUUUCAGUAUCAGAAAGGAGUUCCAUCAUUUUAUACCUUACGGAUGCUGAGAAGCUUCUUCUUCAACCACGAAGGAUGUGCAAGUUGUUCGAUAGGAUGUUAAAGAAACUAUCGGGCAAUGUGUUGAUACUUGGUUCCUGGACGUUGGAGCUAGACGAUGAUUGCAAAGAAGUGGAUGAGAGGCUUGUUAUGUUAUUUCCAUACAACAUUGAGAUCAAACCACCAGAAGAUGAGACCCAUCUUGUCAGCUGGAAAGCCCAACUGGAAGAGGACAUGAAGAAGAUUCAGUUUCAAGAUAACAAAAACCACAUUGGAAGGAUUGGCUAUGAGAUGAAAAAAGUUGAUCAUAGUCCUCGAAUCAAUCCAUGA